AAAUAAGCGGGUCAUUGGGCCGAGCCCAUAAAAGCCCACAAAAUAAAAAGAUUGCGGUGCUAUAAAAAGAUUCUGAAAUUAGAUUAGGCUUCGUGUUAGGGUUUACAAGAAGCAUUCUCGGUGCAGCCGUCGAGCAUUCCCCGGAGGCAAGAUUCGAAAAUGCCGUCACACAAGACAUUCGUAAUCAAGAAGAAAUUGGCGAAGAAGAUGAGGCAGAACAGGCCCAUCCCUUACUGGAUCCGUAUGAGGACCGACAAUACCAUCAGGUACAAUGCUAAGCGCCGUCACUGGCGCCGUACCAAGCUUGGAUUCUGAGGUCCUUGCUUUGCUGCGUUUUGUCCUUUAUUAGGUUUUUUUUUUAUUCAGUUUAAUUUAAGACAAUCGAUGUUUUCGAAUUGUAAUGUCAUACUUUGGAUCUAUAUCAAGUAAGAACUUUCAGCAGUGUUUUGAGGAACUUAUUGUAGUUAAUUAAAGGUGUUUAACACCUUUUUAAAUCAAUUUGGAUUCUUUGCAUUCUGUAUUA